AUGUCUAGAAAUACUUCGUCCAUAACUGUCAAAUUGGUUGCUGCGGAAUCCCUUUACAAAAGGGAUGUUUUUCGUCAACCAGAUCCGUUUGCCGUUAUCACAGUUGACGGAUCGCAGACCAAGACCACCAAAACCGCAAAAAAGACAUUAAACCCGUAUUGGAAUGAGACAUUUACUUUCCAAGCCCUGGAGGAUUCAAUAUUAGUCAUUCAAGUAUUUGACCAGAAAAAAUUCAAAAAGAAGGACCAAGGGUUUCUUGGAGUUGUGAAUGUUCGAAUCGGUGAUUUGAUUGAUUUUGGAUUGCCAAGCUCUGAAGAGACCAUCACUAGGGACUUGAAGAAGCUGAUGGAAAAUGUUGCCAUUAGUGGGAAAAUCAUUGUCGUUAUUUCACACAACAGAUCUCUGGCUAAUGGCACCAGAUCUUCAAAUGGUCAAAGAGCUUCAUCUUCCAAUGGUACAGCAUCCACAUCUUCGGCAGCACAUGCCGGUGCACCACCAAUAGCAACGAGUGCAGACGCCUCGUCAUCAGCUGGACCCAUCGCCGCCACUGCCGCAGCCGCAUCAAAUAGUUCUGCCGCUCACAGGCAAUACUCCUCGUUUGAAGAUCAAUAUGGUAGGUUACCACCAGGUUGGGAAAGAAGAACUGAUAAUUUUGGAAGAACGUAUUAUGUCGAUCAUAACUCAAGAACAACCACUUGGCAAAGACCGGCGUUGGACCAAAGUGAGGCAGACAGGGGCCACCAAAGACAACACGAUACCGAAGCCGAACGAAGACAACAUCGUGGAAGGACGUUGCCUGGCGAGACACCUGCAAGUCCAUUACCACAAUCGUCGGCUAAUUCCGUAACCAGUGGCAAUGUUACUGUUAAUGCAACUGGUGCAAAUACCCCAGUUAAUCCUGCUGCCGCCGUUUCUAUGGCUGCAUCCGGAGCAACUACCUCAGGAUUAGGUGAGUUGCCUUCGGGAUGGGAACAACGUUUCACCAAUGAAGGUAGACCAUACUUUGUUGACCACAAUACAAGAACGACAACUUGGGUUGAUCCUAGAAGACAACAGUACAUUCGUACUUUUGGAGCAAACACUACUAUACAGCAGCAACCAGUUAGUCAAUUGGGACCUUUACCAUCAGGUUGGGAAAUGAGAUUGACCAACACUGCAAGAGUGUAUUUUGUUGAUCACAACACUAAGACGACUACUUGGGAUGAUCCUAGGUUGCCAUCUUCAUUGGACCAGAAUGUUCCCCAGUACAAGCGUGAUUUCAGAAGAAAAGUCAUUUACUUCCGCUCACAACCAGCUUUGAGAAUUCUUCCUGGCCAAUGCCACAUCAAAGUUAGAAGAGAACACAUAUUUGAGGAUAGUUAUCAGGAGAUUAUGAGGCAAACUCCCGAAGAUUUGAAAAAGAGGUUGAUGAUCAAGUUUGACGGUGAAGAAGGUCUAGAUUACGGUGGAGUGUCGCGUGAGUUUUUUUUCUUGUUGUCUCAUGAUAUGUUUAAUCCAUUCUAUUGUUUGUUUGAAUACAGUUCGCAUGAUAACUACACAUUGCAAAUCAACCCUAACUCGAGCAUCAAUCCAGAACAUCUAAACUACUUCAAGUUUAUUGGAAGGGUUGUUGGGUUGGGAGUUUUCCAUAGACGGUUCUUGGACGCAUUCUUUGUUGGUGCAUUGUACAAGAUGAUGCUACACAAGAAGGUUGUGCUUCAAGAUAUGGAAGGUGUUGAUGCCGAGUUUUACAGAUCUUUGAAAUGGAUUUUGGAUAAUGACAUUACUGAUAUUUUGGAUCUCACAUUUAGCACCGAAGAGGAAAUCUUUGGUGAAAGGGUGGAAGUUGAUUUGAAACCAGAUGGAAAGAACAUAGAGGUUACUGAAGCCAACAAACACGAAUAUGUAGAGUUGAUAACGGAGUGGAGGAUAUCCAAACGUGUUGAGGAGCAGUUUAAAGCAUUUAUUGAUGGAUUCAAUGAAUUGAUACCACAAGAGUUGGUAAAUGUGUUUGAUGAGAGAGAGUUGGAAUUGUUGAUUGGAGGAUUGGCUGAAAUUGACACUGCCGAUUGGAAAAAGCAUACUGAUUACAGAGGAUACCAAGAACUGGACCAAGUCAUACAAUGGUUUUGGAAAUGCAUCAAUGAAUGGGAUUCCGAACAAAAAGCUCGUUUGUUACAAUUCACCACAGGUACAUCGCGUAUACCGGUCAAUGGGUUUAAAGAUUUGCAAGGUAGUGAUGGCCCAAGAAGAUUUACCAUUGAAAAAGCUGGUGAGCCUAACCAGUUGCCCAAAUCCCAUACUUGUUUCAAUAGAGUCGAUUUGCCACCUUAUGCUGAUUACGAAAGCUUGAAACAGAAGUUGUCCUUGGCCGUGGAAGAGACUGUUGGAUUUGGUCAAGAAUAG